AUGUACAACUUCAAGAGCUGUGUGUCCGGACAGAACUUCCUCCGAGCACCUUCUUGCGGUGUGUGCUGCGAGCCAUUCGGUCAGUUUACCCGCCGAUCCCACCAUUACGAUUCCAAUUCAGACGACGACAAGCACCUUCCGAAGAUAUUGCAGUGCGCUCACACACUUUGCGAUUUCUGUGUCACUGUUCUCGAGGAGCAGAACAGAGGGAAUAUCGGCAGACUGACGACGGAUCGGGGGUACAUUUCGGUACGGUGUCCAACCUGUCGAGUGAGUUCAGAAAGGGAGAAGAUCAGGAGCAUUACUGUUGUUAAUUUGCAUUGUUUCAGGCACUAACACAAGUUCCUCGAUCGUUUGUCCGCUCAAAUUAUCAGCUAAUGGGUCAGUCAGAAGCCGAAAUAAAUCAGAAACACGCUUAGUUUUGCAGAUUUGGUCGAGAGCACGCGAGUGGAAACGAAUCACAACAUUUCGUUUCUGAUGUGCAUUGAAUGCAGCGGAGUGUACCACGAAAGAGAGUACGUUCUUUUGUUCUGCCCUUAGGAACAUCAAUCUUCAUUCGUUCUGUCCUUUUCAGUGUGAACGUUUGUAAUGUCUGCUCGCCAAUCAACGGAGCAUCGCGUCCGCUCGAACUGUUGGAAACGGGAAUAUCGCUGGAAAAGUAUGCGCUCUGUUCGACGUGCGUUCUCAACAAGCACAUGCCGCAAGGGCACCUCUUCUCUUCGCUCCAACCUCUCCGAGUCUGCCUCUCUUCUCUUCCGCUUCUAAUUGUUUUCCCGUUUGUAGGUAGAAAUGCAGCGACUCGAGAAUCUUCGUCGCAUCGUCAGUCUUCAAGAUACUCUAUACAAAUCACAGAAAGAGUUUCGAGACAACAUGGAACGGACGAUGGAAAACUGGCUUUCGUGGAAAGAGGCUCAUGAGACGGGCAUUGGACUCUUUCAGGCCGCCACGAAUAGCUUCGACCAGAAGAAGUACUUUGAGCAGUUCGUGCGACUGCUCACCUACAAAAAUGAGCAGGUUCUGAAGCUGACGGCUCAAGUCGAAAAGUGGGCGGCCGAGUUGGAAAGUGGUGUAGUGGGUCGGAGGCAAUCGAACGAAUCAAUAGCAUGAUUUCAGGAGGCGCCCGUCGAAACGGCGACUACUCCGCCCGUGCGUCCGCCACGUCCUCCGAGCCCAGCGGCUGUCGUUCAUGAGAACGAAGACGGCUUUGUUCCGGCCAACUACCUGUACUACUUCGAGCACUGGGAUCCCCAAUAA